CUUUGCUGUUGAUUUUGGAUGCGUUUGUCAGAAUAUGGGAUCAUGUAUUUGGAACUAAUGCUAGCUAUACUUGUAUGAAAUUGAAACUCUUUGUAGAAGGAGGAAAUUUGCUCCGUCCAGCGUGUGUCCAGUCUUACUGGAGGAAUGGAGACUCUAAUUCCCAUAAUCAACCGACUGCAGGAGGUUUUCCUUACAGUGGGGGCAGAUAUCAUACAGCUCCCCCAGAUAGUGGUGGUUGGAUCACAGAGCAGUGGAAAGAGCUCCGUUCUGGAGAGCCUGGUUGGACGGGAUUUUUUGCCUCGGGGAUCAGGAAUUGUCACAAGACGACCCCUAGUGUUGCAGCUGAUAAACGUGGCCCCUCUACAGGAGAGAAAGCAAAUGGAAAAUGUUAUUAAAGCGGAAGAAUGGGGUACAUUCCUGCACUGCAAGAAUGAGGUCUUUACAGAUUUUCAAGAAAUCCGCAAGGAAAUUGAAGCAGAGACUGAACGGAGCUCAGGUGACAACAAGGGAAUCAGUCCUGAACCCAUCCAUUUGAAGAUUUUCUCACCCAAAGUCCUAAAUCUUACACUGGUUGAUCUACCUGGUAUCACCAAGGUUCCUGUUGGGGACCAGCCAGAGGACAUUGAAGCUCAAGUCCAAGAGAUGAUCCUUUCCUUCAUCUCCAAUCCAAACUCCCUCAUUCUCGCAGUGUCCCCUGCCAAUUCGGACUUGGCCACCUCUGAUGCACUCAAACUGGCCCACGAGGUUGAUGCAGAUGGCCGUAGAACGCUGCUGGUGGUCAGUAAACUAGACCUGAUGGAUGCUGGGACUGAUGCCCUAGAGGUCCUUCUGGGCCGAGUCAUCCCGGUCAGGCUUGGGAUUAUCGGGGUUGUUAACAGGAGCCAGCAUGACAUCAACACUCAGAAGAGCCUGGAGGACGCCAUGCGAGAUGAGCAGGCCUUCUUGCAGCGCCACUACCCCUCGCUGGCCUCCCGCUGCGGCUCACGCUAUCUGGCCAAAACUCUCAGCAGGCUGCUCAUGCACCACAUCCGGGACUGUCUGCCAGACCUGAAGACUCGUGUGACCGUGCUGAGUGCCCAGUACCAGACCCGGCUCAGCAGCUAUGGCCAGCCAGUCGAGGACCACAGCGCCACCCUGCUGCAGAUUGUCACAAAAUUUGCCAGCGACUAUUGCAACACUAUAGAGGGAACAGCCCGGCACAUUCAGACCUCAGAACUUUGUGGGGGUGCUCGUAUCUGCUACAUAUUCCACGAGACGUUUGGCCGGACUCUGCAGUCGAUCGACCCGCUGGGUGGCUUAACAGAACUUGACAUCCUUACUGCCAUCCGCAACGCCACAGGUCCGCGGCCGGCCCUCUUUGUGCCUGAAGUGUCUUUUGAGCUGCUGGUGAAGAGGCAGAUCAAGCGGCUGGAGGAGCCCAGUCUACGCUGUGUUGAGCUUGUCCACGAGGAACUACAGAGGAUCAUCCAGCACUGCUCCUCGUACAGCACACAGGAGCUCCUGCGUUUCCCCAAGCUGCACGACUCCAUUGUGGAAGUAGUGACUGGAUUGCUGAGGAAGCGCUUGCCAAUCACAAAUGACAUGGUGCAUAAUUUAGUAGCCAUUGAGCUUGCUUACAUUAACACGAAACAUCCAGACUUCACUGAUGCAGCUCAGGUCUCAGCAUCGGUCAACAGUCAACAGGCAGAGGGCCUUGAUGGAGGGAGGCGUUGGAAGAAUGAAAAGGCUGCUGAGGAGAAAGCUCCUGCUGCUGGCUUUGGCAGCCCCAGCAAAAGCCAAGCCAUUAACCUUCUAGACUCGGCGGUGCCCACGUCAAGGAAGCUGAGUGCCAGGGAGCAGAGGGAUUGUGAGGUCAUCCAGCGUCUCAUCAAGUGCUACUUCCUCAUCGUCCGCAAGAGCAUCCAAGACAGUGUGCCAAAGACAGUGAUGCACUUCCUAGUGAACUUUGUUAAGGAGCGAUUGCAAAGCGAGCUUGUUGGACAGCUUUACAAACAACCCCUGCUGCAAGAGCUGCUUAUCGAGUCACAGGACACGGCACAGCAGAGGACUGAGGUUGCCCAGAUGCUCGAGGCCCUUCAGAAAGCCAAUAACAUCAUCUCUGAGAUCCGGGAGACGCAUCUGUGGUAGCUAGCGGAAAAUAGCUGUUGCCAUCUCAUGUGACACAUUUGAUAGGGUGAGAGUGUACGCGUCUCCACACUUGAGAAUGUCUGUUCGUGUUGCAGUACUGCUGUUUUCUAAUGGACCAGUGACCAUAACACAUUGAGAGCUUGUUUCUCUUGCCAGCUGGUUGCUGUUGGUGUGUGUGCAGUUGAUGUGUAAUUGGGUCACACUUUAAGUAACGUGUAAGGAUAAAGCAUCGCACACAAGCUGGACUUUGCAGUCGUCACAUCUCCUGUAAUGUGAAAGCCACUGCCAUAAGCAAAGUUUGCCUGCAUCAUGUUUUUGACAAGAUAUUUGUUUGGUGAUAGAAUUGUUGCUGUAAAUGUAAAUAAUGGUAUGGAAUAUUUAGGUUGUCCUGGAGGAUGUUUUACCAUCGACUAGUCCAUCACACUGUGCUCAGAUGGCUUCAUUAUCUUUCAGUUUAUUGGGCUGCCUCAGAGCUCAUAUAUCAGGUGCUAAAACUAUUUUUGAUCAAAUAUUUUAGUCAGCCCCGCACCUAAAUAUCCCGCGUUGAAGCAAAGCUCUGACUAGAAAUGAAAGUAAAAAUCCACUGCGGUCAGUGCAGACUGCAGUGGAUGUUGGACGAUCAUAGAAUUUUGCAGCUAACCCAGGAUGAUAAUGAGUUGUCUUUCUGGCUCUGUGAUGAUGAUUUCAAGUUUAUUUUCAACAGUUGUGUUUACAUAUCAUUCCUUGUUUAUACCGUGUUGUACUAUUUUCCCAGAUUAGUGUGUAGCCAUAAAUAAGGUAACAAACUGUAAUGAAACAUCCCUCUGCAAGUGCUUGAAUGGACAAUUUUAGUGUUCAGAAAACAAUGAUGAAACAAAGAAGACACAUAUGUCGCUUAACUUCCCAGGAGAGGUAGGCUGUUGCAGUGUUACUCCGCACCAACCCAAGGUACUGGCUUCAGCAUUAAGAAGAACUACGGGGUGUCCAGGUAGCGUGGUGGUCUAUUCCGUUGCCUGCCAACACGGGGAUCUCCGGUUCGAAUCCCCAUGUUACCUCCGGCUUGGUCGGGUGUCCCUACAGACACAAUUGGCCAUGUCUGUGGGUGGGAAGCCGGAUGUGGGUAUGUGUCCCGGUCGCUGCACUAGCGCCUCCUCUGGACGGUCAGAGUGCCUGUUCGGGGGGGGGGGUAGUGUGAUCCUCCCACGCGCUACGUCCCCCUGGUGAUACGCCUCACUGUCAGUUGAAAAGAAGCGGCUGGUGACUCCAUAUGUAUCGGAGGAGGCAUAUGGUGGUCUGCAGCCCUCCCCGGAUCAGCAGAGGGGGUGGAGCAGUGACCAGGACAGCUCGGAAGAGUGGGGUAAUUGGCCGGGUACAAUUGGGGAGAAAAAGGGGGAACCCCCCCCCCCCAAAAAAAAAAAUUCCAGGGUCAGAGGUAUUGAGUACAGAUCCAGGUGGUGGGCUUCCUAUGCUCUGCAUCUGUCUCUGACUUCCUUAAACAAAGUCUCCAGUGGUUUUUAUGUUAGACCUUCCUGCAUCAUAUCUGAACCAUCCCUGAGGGCUGAGGCAGACGGAAACUAUCCAAAUCACAUACCUCGCCAGCCAUCGAACAUGACUGCCCUAAGAAUGAGUAUGAUUAUAACUGGUUGAACUCCUGCAUGCACUGUGUCGCAUUUCCAAAUGUACCACGGGCGAUGUCGGUCGCCAUGUGAAUUAUAACCUUUCAACAUCACUCAACUAUAGUAAUUUCCUUCCCUGUCAAAUAGUCGUUUGGAUUGUGUAAUUUUACCUGAUAUUGGUCAAGUUUUACCCCCUUUCAUCUGUUUAUCCUGUUUAAGUGCAGUAACUGUGUGAAUUUGUUCUCAUAGCCAGAAACGUUGGGAAACCCAAAGUUUUCCUGAAGGUCAAGGUUUCCUCAGAAAGACAUGCCUUAGUAGGACUAUCCGCCCAUAACACGGACUUUCAUGAGGUCAGGGAGAGAACACAACAUACACAGCCGGUCUCUCUUUCUGGAAGCUCUGGAUGCGUGUGCAUGUGUGUGUAGGGUGUGCAUGUGUUGAUGUAUGAAUCAGUGACCCUUUGAUGUGUAUAUUUUGUAUCAUUUAAAUGUACAUUGUUACCAAAUGUUUGUCAACUGCCUGGAAGUUCUUUCCUGCCAAUAUUUGUCGUACAUGUUUACUGAAUGGGGUUUGUGAGGCUGAGAAGAACUCAUUAAACCCCGA